UUGUGUCCCAGAUAUUAUCAUUGCUCUCUAUAUAAUGCAUAUUAACGAUAUCCACUAUCAGAAAUUAAUAGGAUAACUUUCAGUUGGCUCCAGGAUUUGAUUGUAUGACGCACUGAGGAGCAAAUUCGACCGCGGAGAUUUCUGGGACUGAUGGGGAUGUUUCCAUCAUGGCGGCAUCCAUUUCGGGUUAUACUUUUAGUUCUGUGUGUUAUCACAGCGCUAACAGCAACUCCGACCAUGAGGGGUUUUUGUUGGGAGAGGUGAGACAGGAGGAGACGUUCAGCAUCAGUGACACGCAGAUAAGCAACACAGAGUUUCUCCAAGUAGUAGAAAUCCAUAAUCAUGAACCCUGUUCACGUCUGUUUAGCUUUUAUGACUAUGCGGGGAAAGUAAACGAGGAGAGUCUCAACAAGAUCCUUAAGGACAGACGGAAAAAUGUGAUUGGCUGGUACCGGUUUCGUCGGAACACGCAGCAGCAGAUGUCGUUCCGGGAGCAGGUGCUGCACAAGCAGCUGACCACCCUCCUGGGCGUGCCCGACCUGGUCUUCCUCCUCUUCAGCUUCAUCUCCACCGCCAACAGCUCCACCCACGCACUGGAGUAUGUGCUCUUCAGGCCCAACCGCAGGUACAACCAGCGGAUCUCCCUGAGCAUCCCCAACCUGGGCAACACUAGCCAGCAGGAGUACAAGGUCUCCUCUGUGCCCAACACCUCCAAGAACUACGCCAAGGUCAUCAAGGAGCAUGGAGCGGAGUUCUUUGACAAGGAUGGGGUGAUGAAGGAUAUCCGCACCAUUUACCAGGUCUACAGCGCACUGCAGGAGAAGGUGCAGGCUGUUUGUGGAGAGGUGGACAAAAGCGAACGUGUGAAGGAGAAACUCCAGGAGGAAGUGAACAAACUCAAGCAGCAAAUAGCCCUCAGGAAACAGAAGAGUGCAGAAGAGGAGAGGAGACUCCAGGAGGCAGACAGCACCACCCAGCGCCCCUCUCCAGAGGCCUCCACCUCCACCUCCUCCUCCUCAUCCACCCAGCCACCACUGCUCCCACCGCUAUCCUCCCGCCUCGCCUUCCAGCAGAGCCCUCCUCCUGCCUCCUCCUCCUCCUCCAUAGGCGAUCGAGGGGGAGCCUCCACCGUUGCCCCCAGCAACAGCACCCCUCUCCUGGGCCUUGCUGCUUCAUCCUCCUCCUCCUCCGGCUCCGCCUCGGCUUACAUGGACAUGCUGGGCCAGGACCCAGGCAGUGCGCUGCUCCUGCCACGGCCCCAGGCGGUGGGCUCGCCGGGCCACCCUUCCCCCGCCGGCCUGGGCUUGGGCCUGGGCCUGGGCCUGGGGAUGGGUCUCGGCCUGGGCCUGGGCAACGGAGACGGCUCCAGCUCCGACUCUCUGGACCGACAGGCGGCGGGACAGGAGGAGGAUGACGACGAGGAGGAUGAUGAUGAUGACGACGACGAGGACAGUAGCGAGUACGAGAACCUGGUCAGUGUGCCCGCGGCCAGUGCCGCCUCGACUGCCAACAACGCGGCAGCCGGUGCCACCUCCCCGCUGUCGGCAGAGGUGCUGGCCAUGGGCCGUCCUGCGGCACUGAGGCCAGACGGAGACGCACACGGCUCCUCCACCUCUUAGAAGGAGGAGGGUGGCACAAAAAGGGAGACGUGGGACAAACAGAACCAGAACCAGACACUGAUGGAAAGGAGUGAGAGGGAGGGGUUUCUUUAGAUAAGGACUUUGAGAUGAGGGGUGAAAUCAGGUGGUUUUUGAGGUGCCAUUUCUGCCUGCCAGGUGAGCUGAGCCAAGCUGAAUUGUGAGGCAGACCAAAUUUCCCAACAAACAUGUCAGAAGAGUGAGUGAGUGAGUGAGAGGGAGGGGGAGGACAAGGAAUGAUCAUAGGUGUAUGUCUGCCCCCCUCUCUCUCUCUCUCUCUCUCUCUCUCUCUCUCUCUCUCUCUCUCUCUCUCUCUCUCUCUCUCUCUCUCUCUCUCUCUCUCUCUCUCUCUCUCUCUCUCUCUCGCUCUCUCACUGUCUUUCUCCAUCCCUCUCUCCUGCCCUCUAAUUUCAAUCCUUUCUUAAGGACGGACAGACUGGCAGUGCUCUUAGCUGGCUCACUCUGUGUGUUUGUCUAACUGCCUGACAUCAGCUACCAGUGUACAAUGGCCGUGUUUUCUUGUACCAUUUACCUCGUGCACUACUUUUGCCUUUGGUUACUGUUACUUUAACAAGACAAAAUAAGCAAAGGGAGGGGGGAAAUCGCCUUUUGCAGCCUUCAAAUUCAGCUACAAGAGAGCCAGACCACUGGCUGUCCUUCUCAGUUAAUAUUCUGGGCACGCACGCACGCGCACACGCACACGCACACGCACACGCGCACACACACACGCAGACACGCACUCAAACACACAGACAAACAGAAUAUGUCUUAACAUGAUAUCUGUGCAUAUACACGCACACACACACAUACACUCACUCUUUAUUCACUGCAUCUGAGUUGCCUGCUCGUUGCAGAUGUUACACUACUGGCUGUCCUUAAUGCAGUUUUGGGUUUGUUUUUGUGAUUUUUUUUGUUUCUUAUUGACAAAUAUUUUUGUCCCUCUCUACCCAGGGGGGGCAUUAAGCCAGUGUAACAAAAUUGAUCAAAAUUCCAAUUCCUUGGCACCUCUACUGUAACAAUGUGGUAAUUCGAUUUUUCUCCUGCUCGUUUUUGGUUUCGAGGGACGGUAUCGAACGAUGUGCAAGUAGCAGAGGCGAAAUGUCAUCCGUGUCCCGCCACCCUGUUAAGGUGAUGGCGACUAUGUGUUUUAGCAUUUUGAAUGUUGGUUUAUUGCUCUCCAGUGCUUGGACAUCGUUCUGCUCUUCGGUGAUGUGAGCGUUUUUUGUUUGUUUCACUGCUUGCCAGAAACGCUCGCCCUGCACACUCUCUCGCUCGCUUGCGCUCUAACCUGUGGAGGCUGAUGGACUGUGGCGGGCCGCCUUGUGCGCAUAUCUAAACAGAACGGUACUCGAGCCACCCGCCAUGCCACAAUCUCACACACACACACGCAGAAGCGUCACACACACGCACACGCACACACAUUCACACGCACAAGCGACACACACACACACAUAAUUGUAGCUUUACUAACACACUAGUGCUUCUGAUUAACUCUGGACCUUUUCCUUUGCGUCCUGCUUGGUGUCGUCAAAUGACAACAGAAAGAGAGAAAUGGAGGUUCACUGGUUUUUGUUUAAGUGUUUCCAUGUUGAACUCCCACCCCAUAACAGACUGUGUCAUUCCCAGUCACAUCAGCAUUAUUUUGACUGGAAUAGCUAAAGGUGUGUUGGUUACUUGUUGAUAUGGAUCUGUCAAAUCAGUAUUCCUUUAAAAAAAAAAAGGAUAUGGAAACAGCUGAUAACCGUGGUUACUUGAGGGUAUGGAUCUGUCUGUCAUAUAAUUUCAUCACUGCAAAAUGUUGUUGACAUAGGAGAGAUUAUGAUUAAACUCUUUUUGGCCUUUGUCUUUUUCUGUCCGUCACAUCAGGACCAACUGCCCAAGCAGCGACACAAGCUAAAAUGUGACUAAUCCACACCAAUAGCUGUACUGUGGUCAUGACGUUCACCACAACACAUCAGCAAAAGACCUCAUACCACCCCCCUGAUACGAUAUUAACAACUGUGCCUUAAACACACCACACCACGCCACCCCACCCCCUCCAUAACGGACACGUAAACGCUAUUGGCUUACACACAGAUGCUUGAAGGUCAAAUGCUUUUUCACCCAGGCGUCACUAGCUCACAACUCAAUUGCUUGGAGUUCACUCCAGAGUCACUCAUGUGUGUUGGAGGAUCGUUGUGUAUGUGUGGCUUGAAUUUGUUUCAGGACAAGGAUUAAAUCUUUUCUGUGAGAAAAAAAAACCUGUUGAUGGUGUUUACAGACUGGAUCUGCAGCAGGACUUCCUAUUUGAAGGAUGUUUGGGUAUGAGGAGCACUUCUUGAGUGCAUCUUAAUAUGCGACCUUGCCUCCUCCACUUGCUUCUCGUCAUGAUGACAUCACUGACAACAGCAUUAUAUUUCAAUAUCUUGCAAAAGCUCAAUUGUAGAGUCUUUUUCUCAUUUGCAAUUGGGAUGGUGAAUGAAAAACAGUCCCUCAAAAGUUGUUGUGGCUAGGCUGACAGCUGGGAAACUUUAUCGUUUUCUCCACGAAGGAGGGGCCAGGAGGCGGGACGAGGAGACAAGCGCAAGUGGAGGAGGCAAGGUCGCAUAUUAAGACGCACUCCUUGUGUGUCCUUGCACUGUUGCAGAACUUCUCAAACGACAAAAUGGCAAACGAAAGACUGGUGUGGUACGAAGGUCUGGUUUGGGCUUUGGGGUAUGUCACUUCUCAGGAGCACAUAAAAUUGUGCUCAUAAUUGUCACGUUAAUCUACUGUAAAAGGUUCUGAAGCGGUUUUAACAACAGAAAUCAUAACCGUCAAACGUUGCUUCUGGUGUGGCUGGUCCAUAA